ACCAAAACUAUCUCCUUCCCUUCUCCCCUGUUACUCGUCGGCGCCUUUUCUCAUCAGCUCUUUGAAUUUUGAUCUUGAUGUAGGUAUAGUAUAAAUUCACUUACAUACUAUAAAGAUCAAAACCCAAAGCUCUGUUUUUUUUUUCUCUCAAUCUCUUGAUGGCAGAUGUUAUUCGAUUAUCAUCAUCAUUGUUAAUUCAUUCGCUUCGUUUCUCUUCUCCCUCACUGCUCACCUCCUUUGCCUCCACGUCGAAUUCUCCUCAACCGUGUCUUUCAACCAAUCAGAAUCUAGAUAAGAUAAUGUAUCCUCUUUCCAAUUCUUCUUCUUCUAGUGGUCUUGGUCGCCUUGCUUUUUCUCCCAGAGGGCAAUCGCUCUCAUUCAAGGUACAUGCAACUGUUGACAAAACUGAACAACCAAAAUGGUGGGAAAGGAAUGCAGGACCAAAUAUGAUUGAUAUUCAUUCUACACAAGAAUUUUUGAAUGCCUUAAGUCAAGCAGGAGAUAGAUUAGUUAUUGUAGAAUUUUAUGGAACUUGGUGUGCUUCCUGCAGAGCAUUAUUUCCAAAGCUCUGCAAGACCGCUGAAGAACAUCCAGAAAUUAUAUUCCUCAAAGUAAAUUUUGAUGAGAACAAACCUAUGUGUAAAAGUUUGAAUGUUAAGGUGCUUCCUUAUUUCCACUUCUAUCGAGGAGCAGAUGGACAACUGGAGUCGUUUUCAUGUUCACUUGCUAAGUUUCAAAAAAUAAAAGAUGCCAUUGAACUGCACAACACAGCUCGUUGCAGCAUCGGUCCACCCAAGGGAGUUGGAGAUCUUAAUCUUGAAUCUGUCUCUGCUCCAAUUGACAAACCAACUGGAUCAACUUAAACAUGGGCAGGUUGUUGGUAACUUUACGUGGGUACAGGUGUUUGCACAUCCGUCGAACAUUUAUUUAUCUCAAAUGUAACAAUUUACAUGUACAUGUAAUAUGUCAAAUGUAGACAAGGCAUUUCGUGUUGGGAAAUUAACAUUGAGA